AUGGGAUGCACGGGAAUCACCAAGUUCGUCAAGGUCGUGUCAAACCAGCUCAAACCCGCGUACAGUCCUACAGGCUUCGAGAAAUACGGGUACACAUGCACGGUGGCGGAUUUCAGAGUCAGCUUCUCUGUUUGGGACACGUCGGGAACGACCUCUUACGACACGGUCAGGCCGCUGGCGUACCAGGACGCAAAGAUCUUCAUGCUAUGCUUCAACGUAGCUGAGCCAGAAUCCCUCCACAAUGCUGCAGCCAAGUGGUACAGAGAAGUUCGUACGCACGGCGGCUCCGCUCCAGUACUCCUCUGCGGCUGCAAAGCUGACCUACGACACGAUAAAGAGACCCUCACCAUGCUGUCCAAGCUUAAAGCACACCCUGUUACAAGCGAAGAGGCAUUAGGUGUAGCGAGGCAGCUUGGCGCGACGACUUAUGUGGAGACCUCGGCGCGAGCGUCCAGCAAAGGCGUCAAAGAUGCCUUCGAAGUGGCCGCCUUUGCCGCGCUGGGGAAGCUGAACAAACAGCAAAUAAAACAACAGAAGCAGCAAGUCGGCCGCAGCAAAAGCAAGCGCGACCUGAAGGCAGAGCUGAAGGGGCGCGCCAAGAGCUGCUGCGUCAUGUGAUCCGGGGCCGGCCACCCCUCGCGGUGGCCGCACGACGUCUAAGCCAUCGCGAACGCUUCUAGAUAGCCUAAGCUCCGUUAGGAAGAAUUCGGACGAUAAAGAGCUGCUAAAUGUUUAAAAAAACGUGGUCAUAACUUAACGUAACGAGGCAAUUGUUUUUGGUCCAAAGCCUGGGUCUUGAGCAUUUGUGACUGACGGUGACAUCGUCAUUCUUGGUCUGAUCAGUGAUGUAAAUAAGUUAAAUAACCCUUCCUGAUGCUAUCAAAAUCUUUGUUUGAAAUGUUGGCUCACAAAUUCAAUCUUGACGUGUGAAAACAUUGUAUGACUUUGAUAUUUCAAGUUUGGAAUGUAAAGGUAAUUUAAGAAUUAAAUGUAUAAAGUUAGUUAAGUAUUGGCGUUUGCCGUUUCGCCGAUUGGAUGGACUUCCUUGAGAAAUAUCAGUGAAACGAAGGUGCAAUCUAAGAAGCUAUUUGGGAGUAAAAAGGAGCCUGUGAUAAUCUAUAAUAGGAAAUUCGUAAACGAGACUGCAGGAGAGACAAUUAUAUCGUGGGCACCUAAACCUUAUUUUUAGUGUUCUUAAAAUUAGGCUUAAGCGACGACGAUAGUUGUUCUCUUCUCGAAAAGAGUCGGAGAAAUUUUAAUAGGACGGUUUGAGGCACAUAGGCGCUUAGUCAGUGAAA